AUGGAAACCGGCAUACCCUUGCUAUUGAGUGGGGCUCAAGAGGAUGCUCGGGUUGCGUUUGAGGAGAAAAUUGGCUCCUUGACUGCCGGCAAUCCGGGCUUGGCAGUGAUUUUGGAAGAUGCUGGGCUCUCUGUAUUGCAGCCAGACAUUGGCGCAAAGAUCCGCCAGCUGGUGAGCGAGCAGGAGGAGAUCUUGGCAGAGCUUGGCACCGGCACCAAAAAGAGAAGAGGGCGUUCAUUCGGGACAAGAAACAGGGCCAAAGACCCAGCAAUGGAUCAAAAAGACAACAAGCCAAAAAAUGCAAAAGGACGCAAAAGGAGGGCUGCCUCUCGGACCUCUCCCACUCGAGGAGCCGAGGAGAAUCAUCCGGAGGAAGAUGGCCCGCUUUUGACUCCUGAGAGACCUGACAGACCAAAGACCAAAAAGCGACGUCAGGAACCGCCUUUCAAAGACGGUGAUCCAUUUGCAGAGAUGGAAGAGAAAGACUCGAACAAAAAUGCAACCAUCCCGCUCUACACAAAAGCCAUGAUAGUGGAGUUUGCCUUGAAGCUGCACAGAGAGAACUCUGUCACCAGCAUUGAGAGAGAAGUAAUGUCCCGCUUUAAGAAGUUUUUCUUCUCAUAUGAGUCGAACGCUUGGAAGUCCGGCCUUCUGGGAAAGUGGACACGGCGGGCCCUGGGCUUAGCUGACAGAUACAGGAAGGGGCAUUCUUCCCGUGUAUCUCCAGAAGUGGAAUCAGCCUUCAAUGAAGUUCUGGAGCGCAUGGUGGCUGGAAGCAACAGAGACUUGCAGAGCGCUGCUCAUCUCAAGAUUCCUGUGUUGGUGGAGACGGCGCAGUCCAUUCAGAAGAAAUGGAAAGACACCUACCGGAAAAAGUGUGAAGAGGAGCAUAUCCCCUUUCUUGAGCGUCAAAAACCUGUAGAUUCCAAGUGGGUUUGCCUCUUCUUGAUGCGCUGGCAGUGGAGCCUUCAAGCUUCCAAUACCAAGGGAGCUUUCCUGGCAGAUGACUCCCAGGAGAUGAAAGAGAUGAGGCUUGCCCAUCGUGCUCAGAUCUUGGCCAACAAGGUUCCAAUUGACUUGGUCCUCAACUUUGACCAGUUGUGGCGGUCUGCUUAUGAGCCUCCCAAAAAAGUGAUUCACAAGCGGCGUGCAAAAGAAGCUGAGCGCCAGGGUGAGGAGUGGGGAGAAUGUUGGCCAGGAGAUUUGCAAGGCAAAAGGCUGAAAGCUAUCCUUCAAAUGGUCUCAAAUGCCAUGGUUGAGAGGAUGGGACAAACAGACCGGCCUUCCAAGCUUCGAAAAGUCUGUGCAAGAUCUGACUUUGUACAGGGCGGCAGAAUUGGGGUCACAGCUGUGACAAGCACUUGGGCUUCUGGAGAGAUUGGCCCUUUGGGCAUAUGUGUGGCCAACGGAGCGCUCCCGCAGGCUUUCAUUGAAGAAGUGAAUGAGAAAUGGGCGGGACACGUGUAUGUGUUCCAAAGCAUGACCGAAUCACAUUUCAUGACUGCAGAGACGACGCUGCUCCACCUGCAGGAGCUGAUCUCACCAGCCCUGGAACUUCGCCGUGCAUCAUUGGGCUACAAUCGUGAAACCCCAGCGCUGCUGAUCUGCGAUGGAUUCACCGGCAACUUUGCUGUUUCAAACGGUGAAGGCAGUCGUCGGGAGAUGUGGAGCAAGGAGAACAAUUGUAUUCUUCCCUUGCGCCCCCCGGGGGGCUGGUCAGCAACUGGCCAACCAUGCGAUGCAUGGCAUCACAUUUUCCGCAAACUGGCAAACAACUACACCGACUCUUUGCUAGGAUACAAAGCUCCUGGAUUGGAACAGGCGACCCGUCAGAUCCAGAUCGGCCUGAACGGCCAAAAGCAUUUGCAAGCAACGGCAGUGGAUAAUGUCAAAUCGUUGAUCUUUGCGUGGCAACAGAUGGGACAAAAGAUCUACCAUAAGCUCUUCCGCUGGGCAUGGGUGAGCAGGGGCGUGAUCACCGUGGAUGACAUGAAAAAGCGUUUCCCAAAUCUGUCCCAGAAGGAAGCUGAGGAGAUGCAGCUUAAGGAGGAAGCCUCAGCGCGAGAGCUAGCUGAAGGACAACAGGAUGAGUGGAUUAACCUCCCACUGCUGAUGUCUCAGUUUGCUGACAAGGGGUACUCAAAAUAUCAAUUGCAGCUCUUCGAAGCUCGGCGACGACAUGAGGUGGAGGUGGACAAGGACUUCCUGGAGAAGGUGUGUUUGCCAGGGCUAGAGGCCUACCAAAACAGCCAAAGUGAUCCUGAACCGGAGGAAGAGGAGCAUGAUCAGGGUGUGCAGCUGCAAACAAUGGACGAGUUGGAGCAGGAAGCGGAGGGUGGCGAUGGCGCAGCGACUCCAGAGACACAUGCCAUGUUGAUGGAACUUGGUGAGGAUGAUCCAAUUCUUGUGCAAGUGUCCCUGGAUGAAGACGGACACCUCAUCUCCGAUGAACAUGUGGAGCUCGUGGAGAAGUCCGACUCUUCAGGUUUGGCCAGUGGCUUGGGCUUUAUCCCGGAAAGCCCAACGUGGGCAGAUCAUUCCACGCAGGCCUUCGUUCGGAGAAGAAAGCUUUGCUGCAGGUGUUUCGACUGCGUGGACCGUCUGCAACGGAAGGAGAAUGACCAUUUCUGGGUUCAGACGCGACGAGCAGCUUUGCAGCAACUUCCAAAGUUGAUGUUGCGGGCAGAUGUGAUGCUGCAGGGUGCAGCGGACGAACAAGCGCUCCGCGGAGCGCUCGCGCGUUUCUUGGAGAACUCUCACAUCAUCUCAGCACCGAGUCUCUGGUGCGAACAGGCGCUUCUGUCGGGCACCAUGCACGUGGAAGUGGCUGGGCGUCCCCAGCAUGGCUUUCACCUCUCCCACAACUACUUCACGCCAUUGGGCGCUCUUGCUGAGCUCUGCGGUGCGCAGUGGCUUUUACCCUGCGAGGACUGGAGAGGCAAGGACUACUUGUGCCCCUUAUGGCUGCGUGUCGAGCAACAGCUGGUCACAUGGGAGGUCUUAUCUGGCCUUCCAGAGGAGGAGCCGAAGCAUGCGGAAGCAUGCAUGUCCAGGGGUUUGAAGAGUAUAAACUUGUGCCAGGCUGAGCUGCUGCUAGAAGAGAAGUCCACCAAUCUCACGCGGCGAUGCCAGGCAGAAGGCAAGUACGAGAAGGUUCUGCCCGAGGAGUUUCGAUUGCUCGAGACUCAGCUUUCUUACGAGGCGAACUUGGAAAACUGGUACUUGCUUUGCAUGCCAGAGUGCUUCGAAGGCUGGGUCCGGAGCGGCACAUGGGAGGUGAACCGGAUGAAAGCGAUGGCUGGCAGGCGCUGUGUGCAUAUCCACGAGAGGGAGCGCGGGAAUCAUGGCUGGCCCAUGGUGCACUUACCUUACUUCUGGUCGCAGAAGGAAAGACAGACUCUGGAGCCUCCAGAGGCGCCCGCCCAUUUUGUGACUCUGUCCUUUGCUCAUGGCCCUGGGGUUGGUGCCAUGAACCUGCUCGGAUGCGACGGCUCACACCGACACGCACCACUCAGCCUGCCCGCGGACGGCGCGACCGGCGAAGUAUACGCAGCGCCGUUGGGUGAAACCGAAGGGGCGACCACGGACGUGGUGCGCGUAGCGCACCCUGCAGCGCUACGGUGGGGCGCCCACGUGGGGCCCACGUGCCCAGGGGAGUUUGCUCAAGUUGGACCCCGCCUGGCGAAACUGGCGGCCUCGGCUGCCCAUCAGCCGCUCGGAGAGGGAGCCGACUCGGCGCAAGACUACCAAGAGGUGUGGUUUGCGUAUGCCAGCUAUGUGAGAUCUUGUCUGGAACAGAGGCGAGGGUUGCAGCUGAAUAGCUUUUGCAAGAUCGGCUGGACCAUCCAGAAGAAGCUAGGCAAGACCAGCUAUCGGCCCUACUUUCACUUCUCAGAUGCGUUCGUGCGGUCAUACCUCUCCGCUGAGGCCGCGCGAAAGAACGCCGCUGUGCCGGGCGAGCUGUGUAAUUUCGAGGACUUCAACUUCAGCAAGGCUGCAUUGAAGUUUUCAAGGCAAUUGACCAAGGACCAGGUCUUUACGAUGAUGCGAGCCUUGGUCCAACGCCUGGGCGACAACCUCGCCGAGGGCAGGGAAGUGGAUCUGGCUUUGGGUGAUGUGGGCAAGUUUCAGUGCCGUGGAGAUCGAGAUCCACGCUUUCACUUUGCCCAGGAAUUCCUCAAGCAGGACCCCGAGACCGCGGACACCGGCGCCGCACCGCUUUCACGGGACCGGGCACCCACGACCGCACCGGUCCGCGCUGAGGCUGCCGCCCCACCGGGCGCCACAGGCACGUGCCGCGGUGCCGCCACGCUCUUGGUGGAAGCCUCGCAGCCCGACGAGGUGAAAGGCUUCGAGGGCGGCCAGCAGCGUAGCAUGGAGCCCGUUCCAGGACCGGGCGCUGCAAAGGAUGCCGCAGGCGGAGAAGAGAUGUCAGCCUCGCAGAGUGCGCCCAGUUUGGGCCUCACGGCGCUGCAGUUUAAGAAAGAGUUGGCCUUCAAAGAGGCCAUGGAUCGACACAUCGCUGCCAUGGAGGCGCAUGCCGCCGAGGCAGUGGCUGAGAAGGAUGCCUGGGACUCCCAUGUGAGCGAGUGCUUGUUGCAAGAGCGGGAUGAGAUCCAAGCUCGUAAAGAAAGGAACCACCUGAACUUGCAUUUUCUGAAGCAUCAGAUGGCCCUGGGCGAGCAGAAGCGCAAAGAGCAAAGGAAAGAGGACAUCGAGGCCGCCUCGGCGCACGAUUUCCCCAGCUUUUCCGAAGUUCAUCCCAAUCAGAUGAAGGAUUUCGUCAAAGCCCAGCAGGAGAGAGUGCGACAGUCGCUGGAUGAUCAAGUGAGGACCAAUAACACCUUAAGAAAUCUGGCCAAGCAGAAGGAUCUAGCACUCGAGCUGAGCCAACUACAGGCGAAUCGGGAAGAGCUGGCGAUGCUGCGCAACGCAGACCGUGCCAAGAAAGCCUUUGAUCGAGAGACGCUGGCGACGGCCUGGAACGCAGAUAUUCGAAUGAAGAAUAUUUGGAAAGCCAUUGACAAUCACAGCAAGGUGGCCAACAAAGGACCAUCCAAGGUGGGUCUCGGCGACGCCCUGCCCCCGUCACGGGCGGGCUCCACCUUGUCAGCCGGGCGCAUCAUGACUGGUUCAGCGAGGCGCACACCACUGGGAUGCUCCACCUCCCUCAGUCAACUAGAGGCCAGAGCUGGAAACGGCAAAGGGCUGUUUUAG